UUUUUUUUUUUUAGCACGCCGACAAAAAAAGAAUAAAAAUUAACUAAAUAAAAGUAAGAGGCUGUUCUUGUUCGUCUUCAUCCUCGUCAACUCCAGGGAAACAUUUUUUUUUUUAUAUAUAUAAAAAAAAAAAAAACAGAUCGAUUUGACUUUUUUUUCGGUGAAAAAAAAAAAUGGCGUCGUGGAAUUCGAUUCCGCUGGAGAUCUUGUACGAGAUCGUUGGAUGGAUCGCUUUUGCUUCGUGGUCUAUUAGCUUUUACCCACAGAUUGUUUUAAAUUUCCGCAGAAAGAGUGUGGUUGGAUUGAACUUCGACUUCGCCAUGUUGAAUUUGACAAAACACUCAUCGUAUAUGAUAUACAACGUCUCCCUCUACUUUAGUCCUGUUAUUCAGAAACAGUACUUUGAUACCUAUGGCGAUAAAGAGAUGAUACCUGUGGCUGCAAAUGAUGUUGCAUUCUCACUCCAUGCAGUUGUUAUGACAGCAGCUACUCUGUUCCAGAUCUUUAUUUAUGAACGUGGACCUCAAAAAAUCUCCAAACUUGCUACAGGUAUUGUGGUUGCUGUGUGGGCAUUCGCAGCCAUCUGUUUUUUCAUAGCAUUACCUACUCAGUCUUGGCUCUGGCUUAUCUCCCUCUUCAACUCGAUUCAGGUCGCCAUGACAUGCGUCAAGUACAUUCCACAGGCAAAGAUGAACUUCACUAGGAAGAGCACAGUUGGGUGGAGCAUCGGGAAUAUCCUUCUUGAUUUUGGUGGAGGAGUCGCUAACUAUCUGCAAAUGGUUGUACAAUCUAUUGACCAACAUUCUUGGGUGAAUUUUUAUGGGAACCUUGGAAAGACUCUUCUAUCACUUAUCACAAUAUUUUUUGAUAUCAUCUUCAUGCUUCAACACUAUGUGUUAUACCCAGAGAAGGAAGCCUCAAAAUCUCUGGAAAGUGGUCAGGAAUCAAACGAACCUCUCAUUUGACUCUUCUCAUGAACAUGUUUAAAAGAUCAGAGAAUCGAAGUCAUUAGUUUCAGCCUUCCCUCUGUAUAUGUUUAAUUCACAAGGAAGAACACCUGAAACUCGUAGUCUAUUUAUCCCAUGAAUUUGUCUUAGUAUCAUUUUCAUGUAUCAAUAUCAUAUAAACAAGGAAUGUAUAAUACAACAAUGGUGUUUUUCUCAAUGGACGAGCCAACCCGGCACAGAGUUGCUUAA